GCAGAGUGGCGCGACACUCCGGAAAUGAAACUACUGCCGCUCCUGGUGCUGCUGGCAGUGCUGCCCAGCUGCCACUUGCAGACGAGAAAAGCCAAAAGAUAUGUCAAAAGAAGAAGGUUCAAGACCACAACGCAGGGCACAACGGAAGAGGACAGCAGCUCGUAUCCACCGUUCACCAGCCAGCCCACGGAGCCGGAUCCCGUGAAUGUUUCGGAUGUGAGCGACGAGGACAUGGAGAGGAUUGCGAAGGAUCUUUGCAGUGAGCCCUCCUACGGCUGCUUCAUGAACAUUGUGGCCAACCUGCGACGCGAUUGCCACAAUUUCCUCGAGUCACUCAUCAGCUGCGAGGAUUCAGAGGAGAAUUCAGAGGAGAAGGGCAAAAACAAGACAAGCUCGAGAAGGAGCACGACCACAAAACGCUCGAUCAAUUUAAAGAGAGGCAAACACAAGCUGGCCAAGCAGGUCAUGUGGAAUGUCAUCAAGCGAACCAAGGCCGUGAACGCCUGCGACACGCCCUUUGGCUUCUUUCCGUAUCCCGACUGCCUCGCGAAGUUGGUGCCACAACUGGCGGACCUGAUCAACGCCGUCAAGGAGCUGGUGCCCAACGCUGUGCUGAUCGUCUUUGGCAAUGAGCCCGAGUGCGUGAAGAGAGCGUUCUAUCAAGUCAUCUGCAUGGCCCUGCUGACGCCGGGCAAUAUAUUCUACUGCACCAUCAAGGCGAUGUUUGGCCACUGAGAAGUUACAGCAACAAAUGACAAAUUCCACAUCAAAUCCUUGUCAAAAUGUGUUCGUUCCCUCUCAUGUCAGCACUUUUCCUACUACAAUAAUAAUAAUGUGCCUUUUGUUGCCCCUCUGCAA